AUGACAACAGGGGAGAGCUACUGGGUGUUUGAUGCUGAGAGGAAGAUAACAGGCCCGGAUUCAGUGCGGCAGCUGGGUCUUCCUGUCUCAGAUAUCCAAGCAGCUCUGAAGUGGGAGGAGGACCACGUGGAGAAAGUCUACUUCUUCAAGUCCGCUUCUUACUGGCCCUUCAAUCCGCAGGAGAACCGAGUGGACGAUGUGCAUCCGGGCAGCAUGCACGCGUGGGGGGGGAUCCCCGGAAAUAUUGAUGCAGCUUUUCGGGACAAAUAUGGCUAUGCUAACUUCCUGAGUGGGCAGCACUACUGGAAGUUUGACCCCGUGGCGCUGAAGGUUCUGGACGGCUUCCCACGCAGCAUCGGAACGGACUUCUUUGGCUGUUCUGCCUUUUUGUAUAAAUAAGUUCAUACAGAUACAACUGGUACACUUGUGAAGAGCAAUGGCCGUUUUUAAAGCUGCAUCCACAAACAGAACAUUCUGAAUAUUUCAGAAAUAUAUGUAAGGCCAAUAUAUUUAAUUAAGAUGACUCAAAACUUAUAUCACCUCUAAAAAGUCACUACCCACACGGAAAAAACCGAAAUGUUGACUUUAAUUAAAUGUAUAAUGUCAACAUAUUUCACAUAACUGUAUUACUGCAGGUUAGUUAACUCAAUAAUAUUUGAAUAAGACAUAUUAGGUUUAACUUAUUAUUAUUGCUUUCAACUAACCUAAUACAGUUAUGGGAAAUGUGUUGACA